CCCCGCGCGGCCGGCGUGGGACCCCCGCCGCCGGGGCCGCCGCCGAGAUGAACCGCGACAGCUUCGCGGCGGGCGAGCGGCUGGUGUCGCCGGCUUACGUGCGGCAGGGCUGUGAGGCCCGCCGCUCGCACGAGCACCUCAUACGGCUGCUGCUGGAGAAGGGGAAGUGUCCAGAGGAUGGUUGGGAUGAAAGUACACUUGAACUUUUUUUGCAUGAGCUUGCCAUCAUGGAUAGCAACAAUUUCCUGGGCAAUUGUGGUGUGGGAGAAAGGGAAGGGAGAGUCGCAUCUGCAUUAGUUGCUCGACGUCAUUACAGGUUCAUUCAUGGAAUUGGACGAUCGGGUGAUAUUUCUGCUGUGCAACCAAAAGCUGCAGGUUCUAGCCUUUUGAACAAAAUUACCAAUUCUUUGGUCCUGGACAUCAUAAAGUUGGCUGGUGUCCCUGCAGUGACCAGCUGCUUUGUAGUUCCCAUGGCGACUGGUAUGAGUCUAACCUUGUGUUUCUUAACGUUACGACACAAAAGACCAAAGGCAAAGUAUAUUAUAUGGCCAAGAAUAGACCAGAAGUCUUGCUUUAAAUCCAUGAUCACUGCAGGUUUUGAGCCUGUGGUGAUAGAGAACGUGUUAGAAGGUGAUGAGCUGCGCACAGACCUGAAAGCAGUGGAGGCUAAAGUCCAGGAACUUGGGCCUGAUAACAUUCUGUGUGUUCAUUCUACUACAUCCUGUUUCGCUCCAAGGGUGCCUGAUAGAUUAGAAGAACUGGCUGUGAUUUGUGCUAAUUCUGGCAUUCCACAUAUAGUCAACAAUGCUUAUGGAGUGCAGUCUUCAAAGUGUAUGCACCUCAUCCAGCAGGGGGCUCGGGUUGGCCGAAUAGAUGCUUUCGUUCAGAGCUUGGACAAAAAUUUUAUGGUUCCAGUAGGUGGUGCUAUAAUUGCUGGCUUUAAUGAUUCCUUCAUUCAGGAAAUCAGCAAGAUGUAUCCAGGAAGAGCUUCAGCUUCACCUUCUUUAGAUGUCCUUAUUACUUUGUUAUCACUUGGAUCAAAUGGCUAUAAGAAGCUAUUGAAAGAAAGAAAGGAAAUGUUUUCAUAUUUGUCCAGCCAACUGAAGAAGCUGUCAGAAAGCUACAAUGAAAGACUGUUGCAUACACCUCACAAUCCCAUAUCUUUAGCUAUGACACUUAAGACACAAGGUGAACACCAAGACAAAGCUAUCACUCAGCUCGGCUCGAUGCUUUUUACCAGACAGGUUUCUGGAGCCAGGGUUGUGCCUCUUGGGUCUGUGCAAACCGUGAGUGGCCACACUUUCCGAGGCUUUAUGUCACAUACAAAUAAUUACCCUUGCGCUUACCUCAAUGCUGCAUCAGCCAUUGGAAUGAAGAUGCAGGAUGUGGACUUGUUCAUCAAGAGACUUGACAAGUGUUUAAAGACAGUAAGAAAAGAACAAAAUAAGGAGAGUAAUGUAUCUGGAGUUGACAAUUAUGACAAAACUGAAGAUGUGGAUAUUGAAGAAAUGGCUUUAAAACUAGAUAAUGUGCUUUUUGACACGUACCAGAAUUCUUCCUGACAUUUGAAAGGUUUCUUUUUUAUCAUUUGAAAAAAGCGAUGAGGCUGCAGUGCAAAUAAGCAGUUUAAAGAUAAGACUUGAGGUUUCGGAAUUGAGAAUUUCACGGAGAAUAUUUGGUCAAGGGAUAGAAUGUGGCUGAGCGAGCCAUUGAGGACUGUUAGGUUCUUUUACUCUUAGACUGCCUCAAUCAUUAUGACCCUUAACAGAUAAAAUACAAUUAAGAUUUUUUCUAAUUGUUAGAAUAUUUGUCAAUUAAACAUGAUUCAGAUAAUUCUUACUAAUGUGACAGUCAAAUUACUUCUAAUUCUUUUUGAAAUGCUUUCUCCUAACAAUACCAUUCACAAAUUACUUAUGUUUCUGGUCACAGAGAAUUUAGAAUGAUCCAAUGCUACUAUUUACAAGAUGUUGAUAUGUGUAAGUCAUGGUCUGCCUGUGAAAUGGACACUUCCCCGGGGAAGCAGAGUCCAGGCGUAAGCUUCAGUUUUCACUCAGUAGCAGUGGUUCUCAACUGGGGAUGAUUUGCUUAUAUCUAAGCAACGUGGAGGGACAUUUUUAGUUGUCACAACCUGUGGAAUGCUGUUGACAUCUAGGGGUGGAGGCCAGGGGUACUACUGCUCAACAUCCUGCAGUGGACCAGAAAACUUCCCAGAGCAGAGCCCCAAAUCUCAGUAAUACUGAGGUCGAGGAAUACUACUCUAAACAAACUUCCCAAGUAAAGUUUUCCACGGCAACUUUAGUUGUUCAGUAGCGCUUCAAAGAAGAAAGCUCUACAAAUGUUAUCAAAUUAUAUAGCGUUAGAUUCUUAAGUGAUAACCAGGAUUACCAGUUCUAAACAUGAGAUCUUAGGGCAUUUGUGCGUUUUUCCCUUUGGGCAGGUGAAAGCUUUAUUCCACUGUUUUUGCCUGAAGCAGGCUUUGCAUAUUGGACAUUUUGUUCAGCUGUUGUACAUAGCCAUUAUCAAGAGUGGUUAACCUGGGUAUUUUUGAACAUAUUUUUGCUAGGGAGAUGAAAAUGAUGUAGUAGGAUAAACAGAUGUAUUUCCCUCUGCCCACCCCUUCCCCCAUCCCCAUGCUCACAUUCUUCUUAGUCUGAUAUUCCAGACUUACUGGCUAUAACAAUUUUUAUUGUUUAUUUUUGAGAAAUAGACUAAUGUCUCAAAGCUUGAGGAAUUAGUGAAGCUUUUGAGUACACCAAAAUGCCAAAGUCCUAUUUCUCUAUACCUCCUUGGUGGAGCAGUAUUCCUAUGAGAUGCUCACGGGGAUAAAGUGUUUCAUAGGCAGAUAAUUUUGGGCCUUUGUAAACCUGCCUAUCAGCAUGUUAAAGGCUCUGAGAUACCUUGGAAGCCAGCUUAAAUAUGGCCUUAACCAAAGGUGGAACCCUUUUUUUCCAAUUAAAUACUUACUGACAUCCCGCUGAACAUGCUUUUGAAAACGUUGCAGUUGAGAAUGCCACCUCAGUUUCUGGGUUGUGUUUUUCUUUGUUGAUUUAGUAAUGUAAACCAUCUUAAACAUGAGCUCCGACAGAUACCACUCCUAUCAGUGUGUAAGUUAAAAUACUGACACUAACCUGACAACCUUGGAAGUCAAGACUGUUCAGAUAAAGUACUUAAUUAUAAAUAUUGUAAAGGUUACUCUGAAAUUAUUAUAUCUUUGGGGCUCCGAUAUUUUAGAUAUCUUUUUUUUUAAUAGCUAUAGUAACACAUUUCAGAGGUGUAAAUCCUGGAUAAAAAGGUUGUGUGAGGUUUUUUUAUAUGAAUUUGGGACUGAGUUGUAGAACCAAUAAAGCCGAAGAGUCCCAGCCAUACCUCUGGAGUCUACGAGAGGAAAUGAAGCGAUGUUGGAAAUGUUAAGUGCUGGUGGCACAGCUUACUGUACACAUGAGCCAAGAUGGUUUUCUAGAACAAGUGAUCUAUACUGUGUGAUCAUCAUUUAGCUUGAGAAGGCCGGAGCCGAGAGACCAGCAAAUGUUUUCUCAUCUGCAGUGUAUCAGCAGUUCUUGGGCUUCAGCUGCUGAAUAGAUAAUAAUUCUAAUUGAAGAUAAAUUACAUGAACCCACAUGUGAAUGAUAGAUGUGUUGUAACAUUUCAUUCCUGGUGCAUAAAAUCAGCUGCAGUUUUUAUUAUUAGUUCUUUCUUUUCAGAGGUUUUGGAAUAACAGCUCUAUUCCUGCUGGUUUAUAUUUGACCUUGAGGUCCUAGAAUUCACAAGAGCUUUUGAAGAGGUGCCAUAGGUCCUGUAUACUCAGGCUUGCCUUCGCUCCUACCCCAGUCUCAUUUUUGCUCACUCUUGUCCAUUUCCACAUGUAACUAUAAAUAAGUAUGUACAAUUAUUUAUUUUAAAUUGUUAGUACCAACCAGUAAACCUCAUAAUUGGCCUUCGUUACCUUCGACAGUGGCUGGGGAGCAACGGCCUGAUGCCUUUUCUGAUCAGGACUAAGAUGACCUGUCUUUAUGAUCUGACUGCCCUUAUUAAGGUUCUCAGGCAGAGUUUGGGAGUUUGGUUUUUAAAGUCAUUGGACUGUGGUAGUCUUCCCAGAAAAGAAAAUUGAAUAACACAAAAUAUUCUUUAGGUCACUACACAAUGUGUUACUUAUUCGCUCAGCAGGGAAAGGUGUUUUAAAAUCCAGCUCUCAAUUUGGCUCUUAUGUCCCUCUGCUGAUGAAUUCUCUAUCAGGGAAUGAUAUGUGAUACCAGCCUUAAGAGCCCAGUGUUCAACUAUAAAUCCUUCUAUUUAGCUUUAAGUAUUAGUUGAAGUUAUAGAAUAUGAAUUGUUGAAUACAGUUCUGUUCAUCCAAUAGGCACUUGAUACACAGGAUGGUAAAUUUAAAUAUAAAUUAAGUUUCUACUGAUAUUUCUCCCCAGCACAUAACUGUCCUGUGGUUCUGUUUCUGUAAGCACCCCAUCAUGCCAUCAUGACUCUGUCGAGGCCGAAGCUAUAGGCUGUGUUUUCAUUUGUAGACUAUGUGCUUAGAGAGGCUUUAGGAAAAUUUAAAUGAAAUAAAGACAGUUUUUUUUUUUUUUUAAACCGGUGAGAUUACUUCAAUCUUGAAAUAGCUCAAAAAAAAAAAUCUUGAAGUAGCUCAUCGCGAGAGUAAAAUUCUUGUGUCCCUUCAAAGAGGAGAACAGCCGACAGUUGACAGUAAUAGCAGCAAACUGGUGAGUCUCAUUCGUGUAGCACUCAGAGAAAGAUUUUGCACGCAUGUACGUUUGGUACACCUAAAACUUGAGUUUUUUCUUCCCAUUUCCUAAGAUGUGCUAAUUUCUCCCAAGCCCUUAGAUGGUUGUGUUAUGUCUUGCAUUCAUGAGGUUGACUUUAUUUUGGAACUAGGAAAAAAUCCAGCUUGUGUACAUAGAAACUUGGUCAUUUCAGAAGUGUGGUGCCCUCUGAAUAAUUUGGUAAAAACUGUGAAUAUGCUAUUAGCACUUAAGAAAGAAAUUCCUGUAAGCAGCUUUGCCUUGUCUGUCACAUCAUGUUGAUGAUAUGUUCCUUAUGGCCACUCUUAAUGUACAGGUCUGAGACCUCCCCACUGAGUCUUGUGCCUUUCUUCUUGCUUUCCUUCUCCUUUCAGCCAUAUGGUGUGUACACAUGUCAGGUGAUGAGUUCAGGGCUAAUGAAUAGAUCUUUAUAACAUCCCACCUAAUACUCAGUUCAAUCUAAGGCCUGAGGCAAAAUCUCAAAGUGUUUAUACCGUCUUAUUUUCAUCAAGUGAUGUCAACUUGGAACUUUUAGAGAAACGUGAAGACAAGCUAUGUUUCACCGUAACAAUUGUGAGGGGACUUUACCUACUAGAAUUGAAGCUCAUGUCAGCCUGCUACCCUGUACGUUUACCAAAAGAAAAAGAUGUUUCAAAAAAAUAUUUUUUGGUGUAGACUGUUUAAAAAUAAAAGUGAAUUAUAUAAUUUAUUACAUGAAAUAAAUUUUCAAUAAAUCAUU